UCCGGCCCCCCCUUCUCUCCCUCCUUUCCCCACGUUGCAUCAGGUUCUUUUCAUGUGGCCGCGGCUGGCCGGACUCCGCGAGUCAGUGACCGGAGCCGGUCCCAUGACUCAGGCCGGGGCGGGGGGGACACCCGCCCAGGGGGAUAAAUAGGCGCCCAGGGGACCUGCCAGGCUCAGAAUAACGGGACCGAGGAUCUGACAAAGACGGGCCAGGACCCCUCGCACGUCCCCCCGCACUGACCUGCCCGCCCCCGGACUGUCUGCUGGAGCAUUGCUACGGUCGGACUCCUGGGUUCCCUCCCCGGCUCUGGGAGAGGAGCGAGGGCUAGUGGUUAGAGCAGGAGUGGUUGGGGCUCGGACCCGGCACUGCCUGCCAGCCCUCAGCAUGUGGGGUGGCUCGACCCCUGUCCCGGCAGAGUCCUGGCUGCUGCUGGCUGCCCUGAUGUGGGGGACCCGGCCCCCCGCGCCCUCCCAGGCCGCCCCCCUGCAGAACUCCAGCCCCCUGUACCAGUUUGACGGGCAGGUUCGGCUCCGACACCUGUACACGGCCAACGCCCACACGCAGCUGUACCUGGAGAUCACCCCGCAGGGCGAGGUGCGCGGGGCCCCCGACCAGACUCCCUACAGUCUGAUGGAGAUUAAGGCGGUGAAGCCUGGCGUGAUCCGGAUUCAGGCAAUGAAAACGCUCCUGUUCCUGUGCAUGGAUCCCAGUGGGCAUCUGCAUGGGGCGAGCUCAUACUCGGAGGAGGCCUGUAAUUUCCGCGAGAAGGUGCAGCGUGAUGGUUACAACCUUUACUUCUCCGAGACCCACAACGUCCCUGUCAGCCUGCGGCCGGCGGAGGGGCACCCCGGCCGGGGGCGCCCGGCCCCCCGUCUCUUCCACUUCCUGCCCAUGGUCAGCCGGGUGCCGGUGGAGCCCGUCCUGCUGGAAUACGACUUCUACGGCGACCCGCCGCUGGACGUGGAGUCCUCCGACCCCCUCAGCAUGAUGGGUCGCCUCUCCCGGGUUCUGAGCCCCAGUUACAUCUUCUGAGACCCUGGACUCCUGGGUCCCCUGCCCGGCUCUGGGAGGGGAGUGGGGUGUAGCGAUUAGGACGGGGGGAGCUGGGAGGCAGGACCCCUGGGUUUUCUCCCUGACUCUGGGACCGAUUUCCUCUGGACUGGGACGUAUGGACGCCAGCGCUGAGCCGCUUGAGGGAGACCGUGGUCCCCGAGACGCAGCGCCAUCGGUCCUAGGGCCCGAUUCCCACCAGCUGUAUUUGGUUCCUGUUUUUCUACGUAUUUAAUAACUUAUUUAUUAUCCAGACGGGUUUAUUUAUUGAGUGGGUUCGUGGAAUCCAGGGCGGGGGGCGGAUUCCUGUUAUUUAUUGGGGCAUCGUUCAAGGACUGGCUAUUUAUUGCGGGGUCCGUGGUGGUUUUGUGGCCGAUGGCUUCAGAAUAAA